ACGUCGGAGCUAAAACCUCCCUCAAAAGGAUGGGUAAAGAUUAUUAUAAAAUACUGGGCAUCAGUAAAGGAGCCACGGAGGAGGACAUCAAGAAAGCGUAUAGAAAGCAGGCGUUGAAAUGGCAUCCCGACAAGAACAAGUCGGCAGCCGCCGAAGAUAAAUUUAAGGAGAUCGCCGAAGCUUAUGAGGUCCUCAGCGACCCUAAGAAAAGGGACAUUUAUGAUCAACAUGGGGAAGAAGGUCUCAAGGGAGGAAGCGGUCCUCCCGCUGACGGGCAAGGCAACACCUUCACAUACACCUUCCACGGGGAUCCUCACGCCACCUUCGCCACAUUCUUUGGGGGCUCAAACCCCUUUGAUAUGUUCUUCGGGCGCAAGGCCAACGGGCGUGAUGACGAUGACAUGGAGGUGGACGGAAACGAUCCGUUUGGCUCCUUCACCAGCUUCAACCUGAACGGUUUCCCUCGGGACGGACAAACCGGCCUCGGAGGACAGCAACAGCAGCAGCAGCAGCAGCAGUCCCGGCGCAAGCAGGACCCCGCCAUCAUCCACGAACUAAGGGUCUCCCUGGAGGAGGUGUUCCACGGCUGCACCAAGAGGAUGAAGAUCUCUCGCAAAAGGUUGAACCCAGAUGGCAGGACCAUGCGCACGGAGGACAAGAUCCUCACUAUUGAGAUCAAGCGCGGCUGGAAGGAGGGAACAAAGAUCACAUUCCCGCGGGAGGGAGACGAGUCGUCCAACGCCAUCCCGGCCGACAUCGUUUUCGUCAUCAAGGACAAGCCUCACCCUCACUUCAGGCGGGAAGGCUCCAACAUCGUGUAUCCUGUCCAUGUAAGCCUCAGACAGUCGCUGUGCGGAUGCUCGGUUACCGUGUCAACGAUAGACGGCAACACGUGCAACAUGAAGAUCACGGACGUGGUCAAGCCUGGUAUGAGAAAGACUGUGGCGGGUCAGGGGCUGCCCUUACCCAAAAACCCGGAGCAGAGAGGAGACCUGGUGGUGGAGUUUGAUGUGAACUUUCCCGAAACGUUGCCCGGCAACGCCAAGGAUGUCCUUAAGCGGCAUUUACCGGCUUAGGGCCAAGCAGCGAUGCAGCGGGCGGGACUGGCAUCUUCACACAGGCAAAGGAUGAAUGUGAGAUAUCACCACUAUUUUUGGACGUUUUGGGUGUUUUUAUAAAUAUCACGCAUGCUGCCAAGACCAUCUGUACGUACACGGACCUCUCUCCCUUGCCAUCACACUCGCCAUAAAAGUUCCGAUGAAGCCCAAAAUGUGCUGUGCCAAACCAAUGCUUUCUUGAAGACGUGACAGGCUUCCUUUUGGAGUUCGGAGUCAUGAUUAAGUUCCGCUGUCUGUGCGUGUUGUUUAGAAAUGACCUUGUAAAGCUUGAAUUUUAACUUAAAUAUUUCCAUGUGAACUGAUAAAGCAUUGUAAGCACAUUUGACUGUUUUAUUACUCAAGCUCCAAUGCGCAAAGGGCAAUUUCGAAAACACUGGGUGUGUUUUUGAUUCAAACUAGUAAGCAGGCCAGCUGCUGCCUCUCUGCUGCCAACACUUCACUUACAGAGCUUACACAUCACCACCAGGGGACGCUACAUCACUCAUCACGACUGAAGUGCAUGGGAGGUCCCCUCAGUGGGAUGAGUUGAUGAUGCACCAAGGGGCCACAUUUGUUUUUAGCUGCAGCCAGCCACACAGUAAAACCCAUUCUUCAUCAAUUUGUAUAUUUUGAGGGCGUUGUGUGUGUAUUUUUUCCACAUACUUUAUAUUUACAUGUCCACAAACACCUUAAUACCUGUGAUGAACCAUUUUUAUUCUGGGUGGAUAAAUACAACUGUUGUGGAAGCGCUCAUGCAGCAAGAGUACAAUGUACAAGUGCGAUCCGAGGGGCAAAUUGGGGCCAAACCCCCCCAAAAAACUGCAAAUGGGCACAAAGUCCAGCAAAAGCUAAAGUGUUGAUACUCAAACUAAUACAGUAAUACCCCUGUCUUUGAGUAUCCAUCCAUCCAUCCAUUUUCUACCGCUUGUCCGUUCGGGGUCGCGGGGUGCUGGAGCCUAUCUCAGCUACAAUCGGGCGGAAGGCGGGGUACACCCUGGACAAGUCGCCACCUCAUCACAGGGCCAACACAGAUAGACAACAUUCACACUCACAUUCACACACUAGGGCCAAUUUAGUAUACAUUUAUUUUGUCUUCUUAUACAUUAAAAAGAAAAAUGCAAAUUCCAUACAAAGUAUAUAGAAAAAGACACCUAUGGGUUAAGUCACAGGUAUCAAACUCAAGGCCCGGGGGCCAGAUGUGGCCCGCCACUUCAUUUUAUUUGGCCCUCGAAAGCCUGAAAAAUAAAAUGCAUCAAUAAAGUACUGUAACUUUUCUUACUAAAUGUAUUCUUUCU